CGAUCUUCUACUAAAUCCAUCAAUCAUUAUGUAAAACACAGAUGUGUGCGGUGCAUGUUCAAUCUUUCUCCUAGAACAAUGAUUAUGAAUCAUGCUAUUAAGUUCUGGAGUUUGAGGGAAAAUAUCAUGGUCGAAGUAUCAAAGAAUAUGGAUGAAGACACAAGUAUAAUAAGGGUCGACCGACCUCAUGUCUCCGAAAAGAUAUCAUAUCACAGCAUAGCAUUGCAAGUUCGAUCGAUCGAUUCAUUCAGACAAAGAAUUGACCAGAGACCCCUCUUCGAGAAUCCAUCAUCUUAAUCAAACCAAUAUCUCUUCAAGAACCAACAACAUCAACAACCAUGGUCACCUACCCUGAAGCCUACCCGGGCAACGAAAUGUUCAAGUCCUUCACCAAGACAUGGCACACCAAGCCCUACCCAGCCAUCUCACCCGCACGACCUGAACUCAGCGCCGCCGGCAAAAUCGUCUUCGUCACCGGUGGUGGCACCGGCAUCGGCAAAGCUACCGCCAUUGCAUUCGCACAGGCCGGAGCCAAAGGCAUCGCAAUCUUUGGCCGCCGUGUCGCGAAACUCCAGGAGGCGGCCGAAGAGAUCCGCAAAGCCAACCCUGCCGGUACAACAACAGUAGUGUACGAGAGUGUGGAUCUAGGCAAACGCGCAGAUGUCGACAGUGCCUUCACCGGCGCAUUGAAGCAAUUGGGCGGUACUUCGCUCAAGAUCGAUGUCCUGGUCAGCAAUGCAGGCGUACUGCCCAAGGCUGGCAAUGUAGCCGGGUACGACGAAACCGACUUCUACAAAGGUCUCGAGGGGAACUUGGGUAUGGCGUUCAAUACGGCUCAGGCUAUGAUGCCAUUGUUGGCCGAGAAUGCCACUGUUUUGAACAUCUCUUCAGGAAUCGGUCAUAUCGACCCUCUGCCCCAGAUCUGGCUCUAUGCUGCAACUAAGUUGCAUAAUAUCAAGAUGUUCGAUUACCUUCAGGCCGAAAAUCCGAACCUUCGCAUCAUCAAUGUCCAACCUGGUGUUGUGGCAACCGAUAUGAGUUCCGACGCCGGGUUUGCUGGUCAAGAUGAACCUGAACUUCCUGCUCAAUUCCACCUUUGGCUUGCCUCGCCCGAGGCUGAAUUCCUCAAGGGCAAGUUUGUCUGGAUCAACUGGGAUGUGGACGAACUCAAGGCUCGUGCGGAUGAAGUGAAGAACUCUCUGCUGUUGAGAGUUUUGUUGCAUGGCGUGCCAAUGUAGAUGAACGCUAUCAGCUAUCGGGUGACUCGGAGCGGAGAUGUUGGGUCAAAGGGGGCCCAUGUGUUCUUCACAUGUACUCUGAAGAAAUUGCUAUGAACAUGCCUGUUCUAGCAUCCUCUCAUUUUGACUCGUGCAUAUGUAGUGAUAGAUUCUCCUUACUGUGAUACUGUACAUACCUAAGAUAUACAUAAUAAGUGCAGCAAGACCUUAGUAUGAGCGAC